UCAAAAUGGCGGCCGAAUCAACACCAGCGAAAAUAAGGCGACUGUUUUCUUCUUUUUUGAGCGACAAAACAAACAGUAACCAUUUUGAUGAUGAUGGUACAUUGCCGAAGGAAGCGGAGGAGAAUUUAAAGGAAAGCCAAGAAAGGAGGGACAAAGAACUGUUUUUCAAAAGAGUCGAAACUUACUCAGCUUUAACAUGGUUUGCAAAGCCUCCAGAUGUUUCACCAUUAGUUUGUGCGAGCUAUGGAUGGGAAAAUACUGACACUGAUAUGCUUCGGUGUGUGAACUGCAGAGCGUUUGUGUGUGGGACUCUUCCAAAACAAGUGGAUGCUGAGUCAUAUAAAAAAUGUUGUGAAGAACUGAAAAGAAAAUUGAAAGAAGCCCAUGAAAUUGUAUGCAAGUGGUCCUCGAAUCCCACCCCAGAAAAACUGUACAGCCUGCCAUUUUAUAGCAAAGAAGUCAUGCUGAAGGAGUUCCAGCAAAGACUUUCUACCCUUGAGACUCUGAAACUACCCCAGCUGUCCUAUAGAUCCAUAGAUGACCAGGGUGUCACAGAGGACAGGCUGUCAGAAUAUAUUGGCAGAAUUCCAGGGACAACUGACCAUGAUCAUGCCUUGUUAGCUCUCUGUGGAUGGUUGUAUUGUGGGUCCAAACUUGAUAUUCUCCAGUGUUCCUAUUGUCGGAGAAAAGUUGGCCUUUGGAAUUAUAGCCACUCUGAGCCUGACAAAAAAACAGCAGAACAUGAACUGGUCAUCCCUAAAUCUCCCCAAGAAUGUGAUGCAGAAAGCAAGCAAGUUGACACAGAUGGUGAACACAGCUCGGAGGGAUCAAUAAAUGGUGAUAUGUUGAAGCAUACGUCCAAUGGGGGGAAGAGAAGUGCUUCUGGUGAUAAUGGUCAUUGUGAAAGUAUAGAACAAAUCCCAAGUCCAGAGCCACCAUCAAAAAGACCUAAAUUGGACAAACAAAGUUUUGACCCCUUAGCUGAACACCGGUACUGGUGCCUUAUAAUCCAUUCUGAAGCAUUCCAUGAGCCAGGAACCUUUGCAAAAGUUUCCCUGGCAACCACACCUAAUCCUAUUGCUAGGCAACCAGAUUCAAGGUGUUCAAGCGUAUCCUUACCAACCAGCCCUACCACACAAUCAGAGUUUACGAAUCCAGAUAUGGACAGAGAUCAUACGUGGCUUAAAGUGAUGAAGGUUUUAAGUGACACCAAUAAAAGUGAAGAGUUUCAAGCACAGAUGAAAUCUAGUCCUCCCAUGGCUUGUGUGCAACGCCUACGUCAUGUUCUGCGGAAGUGUACAUCACCAGAUAAAUUAUCCACAGUCAACUCGAAAAUUGCCUCUUAAACAAUAACUGAUAUUGUCUGCAAUAUACAUGUAUUUGGCAUAUAGGAAACAAUAUCUGAUAUUGUGUUGAUUGCUCAGAAACUUGCUAAAACUCACAAUGUCGUUAACAGAAUCGUUAUAAAUGAUAGAUGGAAUAUUUUAUGAUGUGCUCAUUAAUUUAAAUGAAACAAGUACAUAUGAAAUAUAUGUAUCAAUUGUUCUUAGAUGUACUGCAAAUCACAAGUCUAGUAUAUCCAUUCAACUUUCCAGUGCAGUUAAGAAUUGAAAGAUAACAAAGCUGACAUUUACAAAGUUCUGAACGAUCAUCCUAUUGUCUGCAAUAAAUCGGGCAAAUAGCAAACAAUAACUUGCGCACUUGAUAAAAGUUGUUUUGUCUAGAUUUUUAUAUGGACCAGUUUGUAUUGACUUUCACUGUUACUUUUCGAUAGUGUACAUGAUAUGAUCUCACCACGUCAGUUCUGAAUAAGAGGUUACAUUUUUUCCUAAAUCUUUUACAUAUAAUAAUAUUCUUGGAAUCAAGUAAAAUUGUUCAGAAUUCAUUUCGUAGACUCAGAAUCAGUGACUCUCAUAGAAGGUCAGCACAACACGUAUCGUCUAUAUCAUUAGAAAAGAAAUAGAAACGUUAAACCAUCUCGCCUGAAAGGUUCUCCACAAACAUCUCGCCAUGUGAAUAAGGAAGAGCAUGUGAUUGAACUAACUCUAUGUUAAAAUCAAUAGAUGAUUCAACUGGUAGCUUUACUUAAUUGUUGGAAAAAGUGGACAGCUUGAAAGUGAUAUUUCAUAACAACUCCAUUCACACAUUUUUAUUGUUCAAAUAUUGAUAAAAAGCCUAUAUGACUAUAAUGCCCAAUUUGCUAACUAUAGUAUACAAAUGUGCUUUGAAUUUUUAACAGUAUAAUUGCAUAAUAAGUUCAUGUGGCAUACUUUAUUUUUAAAAUAUCUGAUAUUUUUGUAUCUAUUUUGAUGAGAGUUGUUGAUUAUAUAUUGAAAAGGUAAAACAUUGUUUUGUUAUUUUGACCUUAAUUUGGGACCCCUAAAAUAAACUUCCAUGCAGAGAAAAAUAUCUUUUGUGGUCCCAUAAAUUUAAAUUGAUCUUGACCAUCAGAUGACCCCUAUAAUUUUUGAGGUCAAAAGUCAUGUGUGGGGUGACCAUGGACACAUUUGUUUUCCUAAUUGAUCAAUAUAGUAUGCUUUGUCCAACAGUCCUUAAACUUGGCAGGGAGGUUGGUCAUGACAAGCAGUUGACCCCUAUUUAUUUUCUGAAUCAGUAGGUUAAAAGUCAUGGUUGCAGUGACCUUCGAUACAAAAAGCUUGUCCUACUGAUAACUUUGUUAAACUGACCUCAAACUUGUUAGGGAUGCUGGUCUUGACAAGCAGAUGGCCCCUAUUAAUUUUGAGGUCAAAGAUAAUGGUCAUUUUGGUCAGCUUGUUUGAUUGAUAACAGAGUAUGCUUGGUCAUAAAGUCCUGAAACUUGGUAAGGAGAUUUGUCAUGACUUGCAGAGACUUUGGAUACAAAAAUUUGACUGAUCAAUAACUAUUUAGUUCUUUCAUCAAAACGUGCAGGGAUGUUGGUCAUAAUCUUAAUUCCUGUGCAUAUAUGAAACUCCUGUUUUUUAUAAAAUAAUCAUUAUGUAUGAAACUCAUGUGCAUGUAUGCAGUUCCCGUGCAUAUAUGAAGUUCCCAUGCAAAUAUGAAGUUCCCAUGCAAAUAUGAAAACCCAUGCAUAUAUGAACUGCUGUGCAAUAUAUAUAAGUGCUGUCAAAUGUUUUGAUUUUACUGAUGCAGGAAACAUUGUUGUGAAAUUAUAUUAUAUUAUUACUUUGAGUUGUUAGCUCUACUGGCCAAAGGCCAGAAGAGCUUAUGCGAUGGUAAUGUGUACGUAGUAUGUGCAUCCGUGCGUCCGUGCGUCUGUAAACAAUUGCUUGUGAACACGAUACAGUCUUCAGUUUUGAUUGUAUCUCGAUGAAACUUGUACAGUAUCUAGAUAUCCAUUAGAGCUCGGUUCCUUUCGAAAACCAGCCAGAUCCGCCCAUGCAUGCCUAGAUUAUGGCCCUUGAUAGUAUAAAAAAUGCUAUUGUGUAAACAAUUGGUUGUGAACACGAUACAGUCUUCAGUUUUGAUUAUAUCUUGAUGAAACUUGUACAGUAUUUAGAUAUCCAUUAAAGCUUGGUUCCUUUCGAAAACCAGCAAGAUCCGCCCAUGAAUGUCUAGAUUAUGGGCCAUGAAAGUUUUAAAGAAAUGCUUUCUAUUUUUAGCCAGGUCUGCAUGAGCGAAUUCUAUUUUUAGCCAAGUUUACAUGUAUAUGUUAAUUCAAGUCUAGAGUUAAGGGAGACAAUUUGCAAGUCUAGGAUUUUGAGAGAAAAUUUGCUUUUUGCUUCUGCAGUUGAUUUUGUGAAUUACUCUGCCAUGUUCUUGUUGAAAGCCCAAAGGCCAUUUUUUAGCUUUAAGUUCUGUAGUUUGCGUAUUCAUCUUAACAAAAUUGGUUGUGAAUGUUUAAGUUAUGCACCUGGUGUCAUUACUGGCCACACCCAGGGUUCACAGGUUUGGUAAACAUAAAUCUGGAAAGGUUUGAAAUCCUUUUUGUGUGUUCGUGCAUCCAUCUCAGCACAAUUGAUUGUGAAUGUUUGUUCAAAUUGAUCAAUGUUGUCCUAGGAUGCCCUUGACUUUGACCUUUUGACCAACUUUUUUAACUUUUAAAACUACAGAAAAUUUUACUAUGAGUACAGUUUUGAAAGCAGUUCAUGCAACUAAUCUGCUUACAAUACUUUCUGGGCUCAGAUGUUGAACGUGCUACGUUUUCAGGUAACCCAAACACAAAACAUAAACUAUAUGUCUGUUGCCUUUUACCCAUACAUACAUGCUCUGGAUUGAUAUGACCACAAAAGCCAUGCCAGUAGAGCAUAGGCCCUUUUGGGCCUCUUGUUUUGAAUAUCUUUUCCUGUACUUUUGUUAUGAUUGAUGUAUUUUUUUUAAGAAUGCAUGUGGAUUUAUAAAGAAAGUCUUUAUUCUUGUACGAAGUCUUUGUUAACAUUCUAUUUUGCUAGAUUAAUAUUAAACCUGUUAAUAUUAAAACAAUGACUGUUGCCCAAAGUUGAGGUUAUUUCAGAAAGAAUUUCAAGUCGGACACUGUUUAUUUCUAAGUAUUUUUUAUUGAAGUGGAUUGAUUGAUUUUGUAUUUAUAGAAUAUGUAUGUUUGGCAAAGCCUUUUUUUGCUCAAAUUUGGUGAAAGAUGACUUUUAUUUUCAUAGAAAUGUAUAGUCGCAACCCGUUAUGUCAAAGUGGUCGAGACCACAGGAAAUACUUCUGGAUGACAAACAUUCAACAUUAUUGAAAUACAAAAAUGUAACACCAAACUGAACAGUUUUGGGUCAGUAUUCUGUUCUCGCUGAUAUUCACAUUUGUCAUUGAACUGGUACCCCCACAGGGACUUAAAUAUGACUUUGUUAUAAUAGCGAAUUAUCAAGAACAGGUAAAAAGAAGUUCAAAAUCCAGGUAAAAGAUCAACAUAACGGCAUUCAGCUCAAUCGACUGUUUUUGAAAAUGUAUUGAAUGAAUGUUAACUUGAUGGUUUAUUGCUAUUGCUUCUUGUAUUUUAAGUUAUUGGCUUCGGUAACUGACUGUUAAAUAUUUUGUGUUUGUCUAAAUAGAAAAUAUUGUUUUGCCUUCAGUUACUGACUUGAGAAUAGUUUAUGUUUUAUCUCUUAAGAUACAUGUACACAUACCAUUGUGCAUGUAUAUUGGCAUAAUUGAACUUGUUACCUUCAUGCACAAAUAAAUGAUGA